GCGGCGCAUCGGGCUGAGCGGUGGCAGCGCCGCAGCCGGAGCGAGGAGCCGACGGGGCCCGGCCGGGAUGGUGCAGCCGGGGCUCCGCGACGAACGCACGCUCUGAGCGGGCCCGGCUUGGGCCUCGCGCCCCCCGCGCCCCCCGCCGCCCCGAUCCCGGCCGGCAUGAUGUGCCUGGAAUGCGCCUCGGUGGCGGCGGGCGGCGCGGAGGAGGAGGAGGCGGACGCGGAGCGGCGGCGCCGGCGCCGGGGGGCGCAGCCAGGGGCCGGCGGUGGCGGUUGCUGCGGGGCACGGGGCGCGGGCAGCGCUGGAGGAGUCGUGGCCGCCGCCGAUGAGGUGCAGACGCUGUCGGGCAGCGUGAGGAGGGCCCCGUCCGGACCUCCCAGCUCCCCGGGCACCCCCAGCUGCGCAGCCGCCUCCAAGGGCCCCAGCGCGCAGCAACCCAAACCAGCCAGCUUGGGCCGCGGGCGAGGGGCAGCCGCUGCCAUCCUCAGCUUGGGUAACGUGCUCAACUAUCUGGACAGGUACACCGUGGCAGGCGUCCUUCUGGACAUCCAGCAGCACUUUGGGGUCAAGGACAGAGGUGCUGGCUUGCUGCAGUCAGUGUUCAUCUGCAGCUUCAUGGUAGCUGCCCCCAUCUUUGGCUACCUGGGUGACCGCUUCAACAGAAAGGUGAUCCUGAGCUGUGGCAUCUUCUUCUGGUCGACCGUCACCUUCUGCAGCUCCUUCAUCCCGCAGCAGUACUUCUGGCUGCUGGUCCUGUCCCGGGGGCUGGUGGGCAUCGGCGAGGCCAGCUACUCCACUAUUGCACCCACCAUCAUCGGCGAUCUCUUCACCAAGAACACGCGCACACUCAUGCUAACUGUCUUCUACUUUGCCAUCCCACUGGGCAGUGGCCUGGGCUACAUCACCGGCUCCAGUGUGAAGCAGGCGGCUGGAGACUGGCACUGGGCCUUGCGGGUGUCCCCCAUCCUGGGCAUGAUCACAGGAACCCUGAUCCUUGUGCUGGUCCCAGCCACCAAGAGGGGCCAUGCAGACCAGCUUGGAGGGCAGCUCAAGGUUCGGACCUCAUGGCUCCGGGACAUGAGGGCCCUUGUCCGGAACCGUAGCUACGUCUUCUCGUCCCUUGCCACGUCGGCUGUGUCCUUCGCCACAGGCGCCCUGGGCAUGUGGAUCCCACUCUAUCUGCACCGUGCCCAGGUCGUGCAGAAAACAGCAGAGACCUGCAGCAGCCCGCCCUGUGGGGCCAAAGACAGCCUCAUCUUUGGGGCCAUCACCUGCUUCACGGGUUUCCUGGGCGUGGUCACGGGUGCAGGAGCCACACGCUGGUGCCGCCUGCGGACGCAGCGAGCUGACCCGCUGGUGUGCGCCGUGGGCAUGCUGGGCUCUGCCAUCUUCAUCUGCCUGAUCUUUGUGGCCGCUAAAAGCAGCAUCGUGGGUGCCUAUAUCUGUAUCUUUGUUGGGGAGACCCUGCUGUUUUCUAACUGGGCCAUCACCGCGGACAUCCUCAUGUACGUGGUCAUCCCCACCCGUCGGGCCACUGCCGUGGCCUUGCAGAGCUUCACCUCCCACCUGCUGGGGGAUGCGGGAAGCCCCUACCUCAUUGGCUUUAUCUCCGACCUGAUCCGCCAGAGCACCAAGGACUCCCCACUCUGGGAGUUCCUGAGCCUGGGCUAUGCGCUCAUGCUCUGCCCCUUCGUGGUGGUCCUGGGGGGCAUGUUCUUCCUUGCCACUGCGCUCUUCUUCCUCAGCGACCGUGCCAAGGCCGAGCAGCAGGCGAACCAGCUAGCCAUGCCACCUGCAUCCAUCAAAGUUUAAGGCGGUGCUGCUGGGACCAUGAGGACCCCACACUCCUACCUGCCGUGGGAGGACCUGCUGGGCUUUCCCAGGACCUCCUGCGGGCCCCAUGGCUGGGCUCCAGCCCUGUUUGGCUGCGGACUGCCGAGUGGCCCUGGCUGCAAGAGCUCUCAGUUAACCGGGACAGUUAUGUGUGCUGGAGCCACACGGCCGGGCGGACUGCUGGCUUUGUGUCUGGGUCCCAGGGCCCCUGGAGCCAAAGAUGGCUUUCAGUGGGAUCUUCAGGAGAGGCUGGCCUGCUGCCGGCCUCGGGCAAGUCCCUGCCCUCCCCGGAGCAUGGGGCCAGGGGACUGGACUUCCCCAUACCGAUCGCCGGCCAAGGCACUCUGUGCAGAUGGGAAGACACACAGGACCAUGGAGCAUACGGGGAAGGGCUGAGGGCCCAGGACCCAGGGUGGCGGUUCAGGUGCUGAGGCCUCCUACCCUGGCGCGGGAAGCUGGACUCUCAGCAGGCAAAUGGAGCUAGUAAGUUGUCUCAGCUUCCCUGGCCAGCAUUCAACCUACAGGUCCCCUGGGUAGGUGAAGCCCCAGUGGCAGCUAUAU